AUGACUCCUACAAUUAUGCCAUCGACAUUCAGAUGUGUUCACUGGGUACAAGCGAUUGGAUGGUGUAAUAAUGUAGCCUGGAAUGUUGGCCCGUUAACAUACACACAAUAUUAUGCUGCUAUUGAACGUUAUGAAUGGAAUAAAUUAAAUCCUUGCAAAUCUAUUGUGCCCAUUAUACAUUUAACAUGGAAUAUAGCUCGAAAUAUUCGUGUGAAUGAUCGUCAAUUGUUCGAUUUAAUUAAAUUUAUUCUAUAUCAAUCAUUGAAAUACAUUCAAUCGCUAUUAUCAUAUUUAGAAGAAGCGUUUGGUGACAAUAUUCCAAUAAGAAAGCAAUUACGGGCAACCAAUGAGCCAGUACACUAUUGUAUAACAUGUGAAUGUGAAGUAUUUAAUAUAUUAUUUGUCACAGAACUUGAUCGUAAACAUGUUGUACGAUGUUUGGAUUGUGCUUUACUUCAUAAUAAACAAUUAGAAAAUAUUGUUGUUUUAUAUCAAUUUAUAUUAGAUGAUCUCAAAACAAUAUACGAACAAUUUCAACUAUGUUUUAUGCCAAUAUCAAAUAAUAAAAAACAAAUCGAACUUUAA